AUGUCCGCUGGAAAGUCAAGUUCGAGCAACACCACUCUGCGUCAACCCAAGGUGUCCUUAGUCCCGAUUAUCAUCCUAAUCUAUAUGAUGGGAAUGCUGAUUUGCGAUAUGACUUUCGACAUACAGGGUACAGGGGAGGAGUGUCGAAGCUAUUACUGCAGACAGUUUGAAAAUCUCCAAACUCCUCUGGGAGCCGCCAGGGUUUUUGUCCCCACAGGAGUAGCUGGUAUUAUCAUCUUGCGGGACUACUACCUCAACACCAACAACAAGUUGGCACCAAUGCACAGCGUAACCCUUCAGGCCGCGGCUGUGGUGCUACUCCUUCUUAUGGGGUUGGGUACCAUGGGCCUGUCCUUGAUGGCAGUACACUCGGCAUGCCCCGAUGGCACUAGUGAGCUGUGGGAUCAUAUCGUACGUCGCACUCUGUUGCCGGUCCAUACCGUUAUGGGUUUCACUCUAGGAGGAGCCGCCACCCUGCUCUGGCUGGCCCGUCGAGUUAUAGAGUCCAGUCCCAAAACUGAGAAGCUGGAGUAG